UGUGACGCUGUAGUCGGAACAUCAAAAAAAGAACUAUAUUUGCUGAGACGGUUUGAUUGUCAGUGAAAUUUAGUACUUGCAAAAAAAGAUUAUACAAAAAAAAAUUGCAAGAGAACUGUGUUUUGAAAGUAUGGGUUUUUAAAUCUAUUUUAAUCCAAAAUAACUACGUUCAUUUAUCUAUCUAUAGAAUAUAGCUUAUGUAUAUAUUAUUAAAAUCAAAUUAGCCGCCAAAAUAAUAUAUAAUAUUGUACUGUUUCUAUAAAAGUGUAAGUAAUGUUCUGUUUUUUUGGUUAGAAUAACUGUAAUUGAAUUUGUUAUAUAGAAAAUCGGAUUUAAUCAUCCAUCAUCAUGGAAAAAAUCAUAAAAAAUACCUAAAACUAAAAACAAAGCACCUAUGGAAAUUUAAAUCAUAGCAGUACAACUAUUAAGAGAAACAAAGGAAAGAGAGAAAGAGAGAGAUCAAGAAAUUUUACCUCUUAUAAGAAUAACAUUAAAAUCUUUAUUCUAUAAUGUUAAACCUAUCUAGAAUUUUAUUUAAAGAACAAUUCAUUUAUAAAUAUUCGUUCUCAGUCACAAAAUAUCUCAGAUCUCCAUGAAUGGGUUGAUUAUCAAUAUUGGAAAUGAAAAACGUAUGAAGACACAGGAAUCAUAUAUUGGGUUGAAGAAAAAGUUUUUUCGUAUUCUCAUAGCAGAUGACAUUACAGUUAUAUAAUUUUAGUAAUUCCGUGCGUUUGUAAGGUGACAUCACUAAGUAUUUUUAGAAAGAUUAUGAUAUAUUUGUUUAUUUAUUUAAAAGUUAUUACGUCUUGAAAAUGAGUGAAAAAGAAGAAAUUCGACAUGUUUUGAAAUUCUUUUACAAAAAAGGAACGAAUGCGACUCAGGCUGCUAAAAAAAUUUGUGAUGUAUAUGGAUUUGAUGCAGUAUCAGUACGUGUGGCACAAAUCUGGUUCAAGCGGUUUCAAUCUGGAAAAUUUGAUAUAAGUGAUGCACCUCGCUCUGGUCGGCCAAUAACUGAAAAAGUCGAUGAAAUCAUGAAAAAAAUUGAGCAAGACCGGCACAUUAGCAGUCAUCAUGUCGCUAAGGAACUAAACAUCGACCAUAAAACAGUUUUAAACCAUUUGAAAAAGGCUGGAUACAAAAAAAAAUUCGAUGUUUGGGUGCCACAUGAUUUAACAAUGAAAAAUUUAAUGAAUCGAAUUUCCAUCUGCGAAUCGUUGUUAAAACGGAACGAAAUCGAACCAUUUUUGAAGCGGCUCAUUACGGGCGAUGAAAAAUGGAUCAUGUACGACAACGAUGUACGGAAAACAUCAUGGUCAAAGCAAGGAUUGGCGUUAAACAAAGUGAUGCUGUGUGUGUGGUGGGAUUGCAAAGGAAUUGUCCACUAUGAGUUGCUGCCGCCCGGUCAAACGAUUGAUUCUAAUCUCUACUGUCAACAACUGGAAAGAUUACGUCAAGCAAUCGAAAUAAAACGACCGGAAUUAAUCAAUAAUAAAGGUGUCAUCUUCCAUCAUGACAAUACCAGGCCCUACACAUCAUUGAUGACUUGUCAAAAAUUGAGAGAGCUUGGCUGGGAAGUUUUAAUGCAUCCACCGUAUAGUCCUGACCUUGCACCGUCAGACUACCAUUUGUUUCGGUCUUUGCAGAAUUCCCUUAAUAGUGCAAAGCUGGCUUCAAAAGAGGCCUGUGAAAAUUACUUGUCAAAGUUUUUUGUGGAGAAAAAAAAGAAAUUCUACAAUGACGGGAUUAUGAUUUUACCUGAAAAAUGGCAAAAAGUAAUUGAUCAAAAUGGCAUGUAUUUGGUGUAAUAAACUUUGUUUGAAAUAUAAAAAGCUAUUAAUUAUAACUAACUGCAUAAAAUAUGCUCAGUAGACAAAUUGAUUACAAGAAACAAGUAGAGAGAUUAAGAUACUUAACCAUUUAUGUUGGAAAGACAUGCCAUAUAUAUCAAGAUAUUUUUGUUUAAAAAUUGCCAACGACAUGUUGUAUAUGUCGAUAGGCAGUUGUUGCAAUAAUAAAAAUGACAUGUACGACACAUCGACUGGAAUCGUUAUCGAAGUACAAUUUUUGAGUGCAGUCCGUUACGUGAAGUAAUUGAUAUAAUAUCCCAUAAAAACGUAUUUCAAAAUUCUUACAAUUUGCAAUACAUUUUCUUAUAUGCCAGUCAAAUCAAAUAAUACAUUUAUUUUAUUUUAGUAAUUUCAACCCAUAUUGUAAAACAGAGAGUGACAGUAAACUUAGUGAUAUUAUUUCGAUAAAUAUAAAGAAAAUAACUAAUUAAAAUAGAUAGUAAAGAUAGUGAUAGUGAUUGUGAUUGCGAUAAAAUUGUUUUUCCACUUUGAAAGUGAUGUUGUACCACUUUUUAUGACGAAAAUAGAAUAGAAUUAUAUCUGAGGAAAUAUGUGAAAAAUUGUGAAAUUAAUCUAAGGGAUGGAUAUGGAAAGACAUCGAAAAUAAAAGUAGAAUAUGACAAUAUUCAUGAAUUACAAGUGACGCCUCAUGUGGAGUUGCAGUAUAGCGUUUUGAUAUGUACAUCUAUGAAUUAAUCGCCAGCGCAAGUGGUUAAAGUAGAAGAAAUUUUUAAUUUUGUAGCAUUAAUUGUAUUAACUCUUUGUGAUUGAACCCUAGAAUGUUCCCAGCAAGGCUGCUUUACCGUUGCGGUCAUAUCAGAUAUUUCUGACACGAGUAUGUGACGGUCAUUUAGACAAUGAAACAUAACACUGUUUAUCUUAACAUACUCUUCACUCAUCAAUAAAAACUUUGUUUUGUCUGAAGGAACAGUCAUUAUUUCAGUCAGUUGAAAUCAUCGCACAAGCAGCAGAUUCAGUAUUACUGAUAUUUACUAUCUUUUAUUUUUUUAGUAUUUAUUGUUAUUUAUCUUAUUUUUUACAUUUGUAAAGAUUAUGCUCUAAAAUGUCUAAAAUGAGAUGCAAGCCUAGUAAUUAUAAAGAUAUGCAAAGCAGUGAUGAUGAAUUUUAUAUAGAUUAUCAUGGUGAGCCCAAUGAUUAUAUUGUUCAAUGAUGAUGAUUUCAAUGAUAACUCAGAUAGUGAUAGCGAUAUUAUAAUGGUUAGAAGAAAACAUAUAAUGCAAUUACAUUUAACUCACAAUGAUAUUGAAGUAAUAUUAGGAAGUAAUAUUCCAAAUGAGAAUCAUAUAUACCAAGAUGUUACACACGAAAAUGUCGAUUUAUUAAAAAUAUAUUUUUCAGCAGAAUCUAGGAGUCCAAAUGCACAAGUUCCUGUAACAUGCACAGAGCCAAUCUUUUUCAUCAGAUUUUUUUACUGAUGAGUUGCUUCAAAAUAUUGUAGAGAAAAUAAAUCGGUAUGCCAGGACAACAAUUGUAGACAAAGUAUUAUCAUGUCGGUCGAUAUGGGAUAAUUGUAUAGAUGUGAUAGUGUCAGAAUACAACCAUUUGUAGGUGUGAUACUCAACAUGGGUAUUAUAAAAUUGCCAAAUAUGAAAGUCUACUGAUUGCAUCAAUAUAACUUGAAAAUAUAAUUUUUUUGGGCAUAUUUUGGAGAAAAAGGUUUUUCCAAAUUUAUUGGAUGUUACAUUUAAAUAUAAAUACUUCAAAUGAUAGAAGCAUUAGAAUAAGAAUUCAAAAACCAAGCGACUUCUUAAAUUAUAUUGAAGGCUACAUUCAAAGACUAUGUUAUUCCAAAUAAAGAGAUUUCUAUUGAUGAAUCUGUCAUAAAAGUCAAAGGAAGAAUCAGUUUUGUUACUACCCUAAAAAACCAACCAAGAAUGGAAAAUUCGCAUUUAUGUAUUAGCGGACUCUAACACCGUUUAUAUACAUUUACUUUUUCCAUACUAUGGCAGUUCUACUACAGAAUCAUUGAUACAACCUGAUCUUCCAAUAACUGCAAAAAUUAUAUUACACCUCUAUAAAAAAUUAUUGAAUCAAUCUUGAUUCAUGAGGUUAUAUUUAUACUGAUAGAUUUUGUGCAAGUAUAACGUUGGUGCAUGAAUUAUUGAAACUAAAAUGUUAUAUUAUUGAAAUAAUAAACCAAAACCGAAAAUACUUAGUCCCCACAAUACAAAAACUUAUAUUUAGUAACAUGAAUAUUCUUGGUUGUCGAUUUGGAGAAACAUUGCUAUAUGGAAAGACAAAAGGAUUGUCACUAAGUACAUAUUACACAAAAAAAAUGGUAAUAAUAAAUACAAGAUCACGAAAAGUUGAUAUAAUUACAAAACAGAAACUAAAAGUAAUUGCCGAAUAUAAUAAACAUAUAGAUGGUGUCGACCGAGCUGACUAAUAUUGUACAUCCAUUUUUUGGAAAUUUCGUGAAAAAAACUAAUUUUUUGAAAUUCAGGAAUUUGUUCUGUGAAUAGUUAUAUAUUGUACAAACAAACGUUACAACAAGAAGACAAGACACCCACAUGACAUCUAAAAUUUGUUAGAAAAUUGAUAGAUCAAUUAGUGGAUAAUUUAGAUUCAUGACGGAUUUUAGGCUUCGCAUGGUAAACUAUCAACCUUAGAUAAAGAAGAAUGAUUAAACGAAAAAUUACUUAUUCUACAACGAAAUCAAGGAGGUCGGAGCAAGAAAUAUUUCGUCUGUUCUGAUAGGAAAAAAGGUCAAAGACAAGAAUCCGAAUAUUACUGUGAAAAAUGUAUAAGAAAACCGAGAUUGCACAUUGGAUUUUGCUUUGAAAUAUAUCAUACCAAAAAAAAUUUAUCUAAAAUAUGGAAUGUUGACAUAAUAAAUAAUAUACAUUCCUUUGAAUAAGACUUAUACGUUUUUAAGCAAAAAUUGAGUAAGCGUGCACUACCUAAAAAUGAUAACGACUGGUACGACUACUAUGCUUAAAGAAUAUACAACCACAAAUAAUUAAAAGUAUUUUAAAGUUUUGUAUGUAAUUUCUUUUAGAUCUAUAUAUUUAAGUACUUUAAGUAUUGAUUAUAGAUUAUUAGACUAUGCCCAAAGUAUAUUGUCAUGGAAAUGCAAAAUUGGAAAAUAAAUUAUGCUAGAAAUUUAUAGAAUCAUGCAAUUACAAUUUCAAAUAGUGCACAUCAGUUUUGGUACAAGUAUACAUAUAUAGGGGAAAUGUUAGAAAGUAUUGUUGGUAAGUUUGUUUUGUUAGUGGCAAGAUUUGAUAUAAAAUUAGGAAUUAUUUUUUAUUAUGUAACUUGAUUUUAUAAAGAUUUAUUAUAGGAGCAUGUCAAGUUUUUGAGCACUUAAUAGAUUGGAAAUCUAAUAUACCAAGUAUAUUAAAUUUGAUUUACUAUAUAAAGAGAUAUAAAGAGCAAGGGAGAUAUAUGAACGUUUUAUAAUAGUUCAUCUUGAUGUAAAAUAUUGUAUAAAGUGUCUUGGAGGAGAAUCUCGGCUUUACAAAGUUUAUGAACGUGCUGUUAACUUUUUUGUUUUCGUGAAUUUUAUACAAUUUUUAAAUAGGCAUUGAAGAUGUAAUAAUUAGCAAAAGAAAAUAUCAAUAUGAAUAAGAAAUUAGAAAAAAAUUUUUCUAUGAUGCUUAAUUCGAUUAUCUGACAUUAAUAAAAUCCAAAGGAAAUCUUGAUAUUAAAGAAGUAAGAAAAACAUAUGAAUGAGCUAUAGCCAAUGUUCCUUCCUACUAAAGUAAUGAAUACUUAAAUUUUUUAAAUUCUAUAGUAACAUUACAGAUUCUAUUCAUAAAAUAAAUUUUUUGUAAAAGAAGCAAUAUUAGAGACAAUAUAUCUCUCUAUGGAUAAGAAUUUGUAUGAAGAAUUUGAUAUGAAAAAUAUAGAUAGAUGCCAUCAAGUAUAUAGCUUAUCUUAUGUAAAAUUAUUGUUAUAUAAAAUAUAACUUCAUAAUAUUUUUUAUUUUUUAAUUUUUUAAUGUUUAGAAUUCAUUCCACAUAAACACUUUAUAUUUUCUAAGAUAUGGGUACUUUAUGCAUAUUUCGAAGUAUAGCAAAAAAAUUUAGCUCAAGCAAAAAAAAACAUUGAUAUGUUAUUAUUAUAACAAUUCUUUUUGUAUUAUUUAUUAAUAUUAAAUUAUUACAUUUUGUAAUUUAGUAUAUGGCAUUAUGUAUUUGUCUCAAAAAUAAAUUAUGUUAUAGUUACAUUGAUUUAAAGAUACAACUUAGACAAUUUGAUAGAUGUAGGAUUUUGUGUUCAUGUGUGAAUUUGAAACUGAAAAAUGCACAACAUUGAUGAAAGUAAAUUUCUUUUCCUAUAGUCACAUUUAUAUUUAUAUUAAUAAUUAUAUUACUUAUUAUAAUGUCUGUUUAGUUUGCAGAAUUAGAAACUUUAUUAGGAGAUAUUAACUGUGCUGGAAGUAUUUAUGAAUUAAUUAUAUUUUAGUCAAGAUAAAUCAUAUUUCUAGAAAUUACAACUAAGUAUAAUUAAAUUUGUAUUGUUUCUUUAUGAAUCAAAAAAUUUUUCCUCUAUUAUUUCUAUUACUUAAAAUGAGUUUGAUUUUAUGAUAUGAUUAUAUAUCUUAAACUAAACCAAAGUUUAUUAAUUUAUAAAUAUUCUAACAUAAUACAUUACAGGUUUGGAUAGCCUAUGCCAAAUUUGAAUUAGCUAAUUUUUCAUUGGAAGAUACUGUUAAUAUUAUUAUUUUAACUCUUAGAAUGUUUGAAUGUCGGAACGAUGCAUUGUGUUCAAAUGGUGACAAAAAAAAUAAAGUAUUACUUUUGGAAGUAUGGUAAAACAAUUUUGCAAAUGAAAACGUAGAAACGAAAAGGAUGAAUUAUUGGAGAAUGCACAGUAAGUAUAUUAAUAUUAGAAAGUUUUAGAAAAAUUUAAAUAUAAAACAACAUUAAUCUUUUUUAUUGUUUCAAAAUGACGGAUAGGAAAAAGUAUUCAACUUUGUAUUUUCAGGAGACGAAUCCCAAAGACCUAAUCUCAAGUUCUUGGCAUCUGCAAAAACAUAGGAUGAAGGAAACAGUUUAUAAUGAAAUUGUUCAAAAUGUAAAUAUAUAAUCAGAAUCGAACAGUUAGGAAUAGUAUAUAUAUUUUACAUACUAUAUUUAUAUUUUAAGAAUGUAAUAUGUAAAAAUGAUGCUG